AUGCGCGCGACUUCCAUCAGCACUUCCGUCGAGUUCGGUCUCCGCUUUGUUGGGAUCUGGCCGGGCUUGCCGUACGGAACCUUCACUUGGUUCGCGUACAUGACGAGCCUGGUGAUCAUGAUGUACUUUGAGUACGCGUAUAUUUUCGAUCAUUUCGACAUCGACGACAUCUCGAAUCUCAUCGACGCGCUCAGCAUCGCGUUGGCUUGCAACCUCGGUUUUCUCAAGUUGAUCACUCUCUGGUUGCAUCGCAGGUUAUUUUACGAUAUCCUGCUAGCGAUGGACGAGGAUUGGAGUAACGUUCUUGAUCGCGACCAAUCUGUGUUGCGUAUCAUGUCGAGCAAUGCCAAUCUAUCGCGUCGCUACUCAAACAUGUUGAUCAGCAUCAAUACUACCGCCGCGAUUUGUUACACCGUGCCCAGUUUUGCGCGACACUCGGCAAACCUUGAGGAGAAUCUCAACGACAGUUUGAGAGUACUACCUCUAAAGAUGCAGUUUCCUUUCGAGACUAAUGCCUCGCCCCUCUUCGAGUUUCUAGCGAUCGCUCAGUUCCUUCACGUAGUGUCGAUCUCCGCUUUAGUCGCUAUGAUAAACUGCUUAAUCAUCACGCUG